AUGGUUAACUCAAUUCAGGAUAGCCCUAAUUACAUGCAGCCGGAUUCAUUAGGAAUUGAUGAUCUCGGUAGUAUCAAAUCAAACACUGUAAAGGGGACACGAUUGGACCGGAUUUUACAGUUGAGCAGAAAGAGAAGAAACCUAAAUCAAGAGAUCAAGGAAUUUUCACGAGCAAUAAAACCUAUGGAAUUUGAAUCUUACCAUGAUUAUUUUUUGAUCAAUACUUUUAAGAAAGGGGUUUCAGCUAGUGGGCAUGUUGAUUUAGAAGGUUUGAAAAGUAGAAACAACGGCCGUUACUAUAAGAGAAUUAAGAGAGGCCAAAAUCCUGAUACACGAGAGUCUAACGGAUCAAAUCCGAACGGUUCAUUAUCUGAUGAUGAUAAUGAUAACGAUGCCGAAGACGAUGAAGCCUAUGAUCGAAAUCGAUUCUUUGUUGGUGAUAGUGACGACAACGAGCCUGAUAGUACUCCUCCAAAGAGAGUCACUAGAGCACAACUGGCAGCCAAAAAGGAAACUCAAAAGUCUGUUGAAUCACUAGAGAAGGUUGAACAAACAUACAAAAAUUUGAUUAACGGUGAUAUUUCUGUCACUAGUAUAAUCUCAACAGCAGACUCCGAAAAUAGCAUUAGAAGGUCUUCAAGAUUAUCUCAAAAAUCAAAUGAGAGUUCGGCGGGUGAAUCAGCUGGUUCUGAUAUGAGCGAAACUGCCGUAAUUAACAUUAAAGACCUUUACGAGUCAUUGGUGCCUAAGGUGAGCGAACCAUAUAGAAGGUCAGACUGGGUCCUACCGUCAAAGAACAGAUAUACCGCUGACAAGCAGAUGCGUACUAAACCUGUUUAUGAAAAAAUCAAAGUAAAUGAACUUGUGAAUACCGAUAGAGUACGGAAUGUCUUGUCGAAAUUCGAAGGUGGUGUCGCGGGAGUUAGAAAAAGAUCUUAG